UUCUCAGUUGAGGAGCUCUAAAUUCCAAGAGUUUUGAGGGGGGUUUGAUUUCUUGAUAGCAAGGAUUCAUUCUUUUCUUGGGGAAUUCCAUAGUGCUUUCUUCAUUUUCAUGGAUAUUUUGUAUUUCAAGGAUCAGAAAUGUGGGAAAGAUUGCUUUGGUUUUUGAAUUUAUAAGUUUAUGCUGAAGGAAGGUGUGAUGGAGAUAUCAUUGUUAAAAGUGCUUCUUGAUAACAUCUCUUCAUUUUUCCAUUUAUCAUCCUGUGUUAACAUAAAUUCAGAGCCAUUUCUGAAGUAUUACCAGAGGGCAGAAGAGAUAUUGAAGUUGUUGAAAACAAUACUUGAUGCUUUUAUCGACUCUGAAGCAGCUUCUAGUGAAGUUCUUAAGAAGUCAUUUGAAGAACUUGGUUGUUUUAUUGAUGAUUUGAGGGAGCAGUUUGUAAACUGGCAUCCGUUGUCAAGUAAAGUUUAUUUUGCUCUACAAAUUGAAUCGUUGCUAUCGAAGAUUCGGAGUUCUAGCUUGGACAUCUUCCAGUUGCUGAAGUCUUCUCAUCAAGUUCUUCCUGAUGAAUUGGAUUCAGUGUCACUUGAGCACUGCAUACAGAAAAUUAAGCAUUUGGGAUUUGAACAAAUGUCAAAUGUCUUAAAAGAAGCUAUAAAAUAUCAAGUGGAGGGUGGUGGACCCAGCUCAGAGAUCCUGGUUAAAAUUGCGGAGAACCUUAGCUUGAGGUCAAACCAGGAUAUUCUUAUCGAGGCCGUAGCACUUGGAAAGGUGAAGGAGAACGCAGAGCAAUCUGAAAAGACCGAUGAAGCUGAGUUUAUGGAUCAGAUGAUUGCUUUAGUAACACGCAUGCAUGAGAGGCUUAUUAUGAUAAAGCAGUCCCAGAAUUGCAGCCCAGUUCCAAUACCUCCUGAUUUCUGUUGUCCUCUCUCUCUGGAGCUAAUGACAGAUCCUGUAAUUGUGGCAUCAGGACAAACCUAUGAGCGGGCCUUUAUUAAGAAUUGGAUUGAUCUUGGCCUCACAGUUUGUCCUAAGACAAGGCAGACUCUUGCUCACACCAAUUUAAUAACCAAUUAUACUGUAAAGGCUCUAAUUGUAAAUUGGUGCGAGUCAAACAAUGUAAAGCUUCCCGAUCCAGCAAGGACUACGGGUUUAAAUCAGCCAUCACAUCUUCUAGGAAAUGCAGAUUCUGGUACGACCAGGGAUACACCCGUUUUUCCUCAGUCUAGGGGAAACCAACCAAUGUCACCCGAAUCAACUCGGCCCAUAGGUUCGCCAACUACGAUCUUUACCGCAUCAGGUGGAUUCGAUCGAGAAGGAAGUUCCCCAUUGCAUCCUCGUUCUACAUCAGAAGGCUCCUUGUCUGGUGUAGCUGGAAACGGGCAGGGCUUAGAUAUUGCAAGAGUGUCAUUGACAAGUUCUGAAGAUAGGUCCACUAACUCCGAAGAAAAGAGUCCUGAUUCAGUUGGCCAACCGUCUACAUCACCUUCGAGAAAAGAAUUAUCCAACGUUAAUGGAGUUGGAGAGUCAUCUCAGAGACAUAGUAGAACUGUGUCAGCUUCUAGCACAAUUUCUAGUGCUAAUUUUCCGCAAGAAACGCCAGGAGAUGCCAAUGAGGCUUUACAUGAUUCAGCAAAUCUUACGGGCUACAGCAGUGAUGCUUCUGGGGAUGUUAAAAGAGAGCCACAGGCUGUUGCUCAGGUUCCAGCAAGGUCUAGAAGCCAUACAAUUUGGCGUAGGCCAUCUGAGAGGUUUGCGCCAAGGAUAGUUUCUCCUGUUGUUGAAAUGAGAGCCGACCUUGCUGACGUUGAAGCUCAAGUUCGUAAGCUUGUUGAGGAGCUACAAAGUAGUUCGAUCGAUACCCAAAGAGAUGCAACAGCUGAACUUCGGUUACUUGCCAGGAAUAAUAUGGAUAAUCGGAUUGUUAUAGCAAAUUGUGGUGCCAUUAACUUGUUGGUGAAUUUGCUCCGCUCGGAAGAUGCAAAAAUUCAGGAAAAUGCUGUUACUGCACUUCUGAAUUUGUCAAUCAAUGAUAACAACAAAGCUGCAAUUGCUAAUGCCAAUGCGAUUGAACCUUUGAUUCAUGUCCUCCAAACUGGUAGCGCCGAGGCGAAGGAGAACUCAGCUGCCACUCUAUUUAGUCUUUCGGUGAUCGAGAAUAACAAGGUUGCAAUUGGAAGGUCUGGAGCUAUUAGGCCAUUGGUUGAUUUAUUGGGGAAUGGGACUCCCCGAGGGAAGAAAGACGCAGCCACAGCUUUAUUCAAUUUAUCAAUAUUUCAUGAGAACAAGGCCCGGAUUGUUCAAGCUGGAGCUGUGAAAUACCUAGUAGAGCUGAUGGACCCGGCAGCUGGCAUGGUGGACAAGGCAGUUGCUGUUUUGGCCAAUCUUGCUACAAUUCCUGAGGGAAGGACUGCGAUCGGCCAGGAGGGUGGGAUCCCUGUUUUGGUUGAGGUUGUUGAGUUGGGUUCGGCUAGAGGGAAGGAGAAUGCAGCGGCUGCUCUUUUACAACUCUGCACAAAUAGUGGUAGGUUUUGUAACAUGGUGCUCCAAGAAGGGGCAGUCCCACCAUUAGUGGCGUUGUCGCAAUCUGGCACUCCGAGGGCGAAAGAAAAGGCGCAGGCACUUCUGACCUACUUCAGAAACCAUCGGCAUGGUAAUGCAGGGAGGGGUUGAGUUUUGUAACGGAAGCCUUUGUGUAACCUGAGGUUUUGACUCAAGCUCCAUAAACGGUGUACAUUUGACGGUGAAAAUAAUUCAUAAUGGAAGGUCUUGUUUUUGUGUAUUUUACAUGAUUUGUUGAGAGAACAAAAAAGGAAUUAUUUAUGAAGGAUUUGAUUCAGUCUUGUAAAAUACUUUGUUAUAUGAAUGUGGGAAGAAAAUCUUAUACUUGUGAGUCUGGUCUUCGCAGUGAGCUUGGACAAUAACAUCACAGAUUAAUAAUCAGUUGUAUUCGUUAAC